AUGAGCUCUGCCCAGCGCUCCACCCCCCGCCGCGAGUCCGUCGACUCGUCGGCCGCUGCCUUUCAGGAUGUGCACAAGACGGCGCCUUUUGCCAGCAAACAUCCCAAGGGGUUCGGUGAGAUGGUCCUGGUCCACGGCGUCAGCAUUGCGCAAACGUAUCUCCUGCCCGUGCCCCAUCUUCGCCAAUGGCUACCAGAGCAAGACAAGGAAGUUUGCAACCGUCGCAAGCUCGACACGCUCGUGGAGAACACUGCAGGACGUAAGAGCACGUACAACAAGAUCAUGGGCGACUCGGACGUGAUCCUGGGCGACAUUCGCCGCAACAAUACGCAAGUACCGGUGUCACGCGCCUAUGUGCGAGCCGGUCCUCGUGCCUGCACGUACUUUGAUCCUGCCACGGUCAAAGCAGCCAUUGUGACCUGUGGUGGCCUCUGCCCUGGUCUCAACAAUGUCGUGCGGGACGUCACGCUUGCGCUGUGGAAUUUGUACGGCGUGCGCGAGAUCUACGGCAUUCGCAUGGGGUUUGCUGGAUUCUACAAUUGGGACUCGCUCGAGCAGAAGGAAGCCCCUAUCAUGCUGACGCUCAAGUUAGUGGCCAACAUUCAUCACCACGGUGGAACGAUCCUCGGCUCCAACCGUGGCGGCUUUGACCAAGACAAGAUUAUCAACUUCCUGACCACGCACGGCGUGUCGCAACUGUACGUGAUUGGCGGCGAUGGUACCCACCGUGCUGCCAACAAGAUCUCCGAGGAGUGCCGUCGUCGCAAGCUGCCAAUCGCUGUCGCUGGAGUGCCCAAAACUAUUGAUAACGAUGUGGAUCUACUUGAUCGCAGCUUUGGCUUCAACACGGCCGUCGAAGAGGCCCAGCGUGCCAUUCGCUCGGCCAGCACGGAGGCUCGUUGCGUACCGAACGGUAUCGGCGUCGUCAAGCUCAUGGGGCGAAGCUCUGGUUUCAUCGCUGCGCACGCGUCGCUUUCGAGUGGCGACGUGAACCUGUGUCUGGUCCCAGAGAUCCCGAUCGAGCUGGACGGUCCACGCAGCUGCCUCGACCACCUCGAGCAUGUAGUGGAGGAGCUAGGCCACGGCGUCGUUGUUGUCGCCGAGGGUGCCGGCGAAGAGCUACUAGGCACGUCAGUGGAAGCCGACGCUGGUGGCAAUAAGAAGCUGCCCCCUAUCGGUGCGUUUAUGAAGGAUCGCAUCCAAGAGCACUUUGCGAAGAAGGGCAAAGAGUGUACUGUCAAGUACAUUGAUCCCUCCUACAUGAUCCGUUCGGUGCCAGCAAAUGCUGCAGACAGUCUGUAUUGCAUGCUACUGGGCCAGAACGCCGUGCACGGCGCUAUGGCUGGCUACACUGGUUUCACAGUCGGCCUUAGCGCUAACCGCGUCGUCUACUUCCCGAUCGAAGCUGUCACGCGCAACUCACCUCGUUGCAUGGACCCCUUUGGCCGCACGUGGGAGCGUGUACUGUGUCUGACGCGCCAGCCCAACACGGCCCGCGAGGGUCACAUCAAGGGCGCCAAGUCGUCGGACUAA